AGCAUCACGAGAAACAUAAAUUUACAUAAAAUAAUGGAGUACUGCAACAAUGUUCGUACGGCAACGCCGGACGACAAGCAAGCUGUGUUACAAAUGCUUGACGGGUUGGAUUAUCUAUUUGAAUAUUAUGAUUAUUUUCAAAACAGCGAGAAUGUGACGCCAUAUGUCUAUACGGAAAAUGGAAAAAUUUUUGCAUAUGUAGCUUGUUAUCGUGUGGAUAAUGGAGAGACCGCUGUAAUAAUGGGAGGUCGAGUUUGUCCAGGUCAUCAAGGCAAACAUGUAUUUAAACGUUUACUGAAUGCGGUAGAUGAAAUUCAAAAAAGUGACAGUGUUACUCAACGUUAUGCACAGUUUAGAGAUCAUGUGCAGGUGCCAUCAGAGAAUUUCUUGAGGACCUAUAAGCAGAUUACAUCGAAGCCAUUACAGAAGUUCAGGUAUAAGAGAAGCAACAUUUCAAGUGAAUUAACGUUGAAAACAUCUGAUUGUAAAGUAAAAGUAAUAGACACUAUUCCAUCCGAAUUCCUGUAUUCUCCAUACAGUAAUUAUUUAUUUCCGGAAGGACGUGUUAUUAUGGACUGGGUACCAUUUCGUUUUCAAUAAACAAAUAUCCCAUUAUUCAAUGGAAGGAACACAGUCUUCGUUUCAGAUGUCAUGCUUAAUAAAACGGAUACAAGACAGGAAACUGAUAAAAAGGCAAAACAUCAAGAAAAUGAUUCAAAUCUUCCACAAAAUGCAUCUGAAGUACAAGGUCUUUUGUCUGGAAGUAUCAUUUAUAAAGAACGAAAUGAAAUAGACCUGUCAUGUGUGUUAGACAUUUUCGGAAACGACAUUCACUCUUUAAGAAAUCAUAUCAUCUGGCAUUUGCAAAGGAUUGAAACUACAGGCCUAGAAGAUAUCAUUGUAACAGUAGUUACAACAAAGGGUGUGUUUGAACAGCCUUUACUAGAGAAAGCUCUGGACACGCUUGGAAUAGAUGUGAAGAAUGGACCAAUAAGAGGACAGUUUAAAGAGCCAACUGUUUAUGAAACUGAGAGCAUCCAACAAUAAAGUGGUAUUUACAUAUAUGCAACAAAGCGAUCUCUAUCUGACAUUAACUAUCAUGCAACAAAGUAAGAAAGAUAUUGCUUAUCUAAUUAGCGUACAUGUUGGUAUGGAGACAGUUUUACAUAUUAAGGUUUUUCAACGGGACUCUUACCUGUCCUUUUUGUAUUUGUCAAG